GGGGCUGUUUCCGCUCAGCGCUCGCCGCGCGUCGCCGCUGCUGAGGCCGCUGAGCUGCCGCCGCCGCCCCAGGCCCCGGUCCCGGUCUUGGUCGGAGCCGCCGCCUCCGGACCGGCCCCGCCAUGUCGGCCCAGGCACAGAUGCGGGCCCUGCUGGACCAGCUUAUGGGCACAGCCCGGGACGGUUCAGUGUAUCUUUGCCUGCCUACAUCAAUCUGCAAGGGAGUUGCAGAAAAGCCUCAUGUUCAUCGAGCCGAGAUGAAACCAGACAAAGGGUGAAGUUUACAGACGAUCGUGUGUGCAAGAGCCAUCUUCUGGAUUGCUGUCCCCAUGAUAUCCUGGCUGGAACACGAAUGGACUUGGGAGAAUGUACAAAGAUCCAUGAUUUGGCUCUGCGAGCAGAUUAUGAGAUUGCAAGUAAAGAGAGAGACCUGUUCUUUGAGCUGGAUGCGAUGGAUCACCUGGAAUCCUUCAUUGCAGAGUGUGACAGGAGAACAGAACUGGCCAAGAAACGCUUGGCUGAGACACAGGAAGAGAUCAGUGCUGAAGUGUCUGCAAAGGCAGAGAAAGUACAUGAGCUGAAUGAAGACAUUGGAAAACUCCUAGCUAAAGCUGAACAGCUGGGAGCUGAAGGAAAUGUUGAUGAGUCUCAAAAGAUCCUGAUGGAAGUGGAGAAAGUUCGAGCAAAAAAGAAAGAGGCAGAGGAAGAAUACCGAAAUUCAAUGCCUGCAUCCAGUUUCCAGCAGCAGAAGCUGCGUGUGUGUGAAGUCUGUUCAGCAUAUCUGGGUCUCCAUGACAACGACCGGCGUCUUGCUGACCACUUUGGAGGCAAAUUACACUUGGGUUUCAUUCAGAUUCGUGAGAAACUGGAUCAGCUGAGGAAAACGGUGGCAGAAAAGCAAGAGAAGAGAAACCAGGAUCGUUUGAGACGGAGAGAGGAGAGAGAACGAGAGGAGAGGAUGGGCAGACGGUCUGGAUCAAGRAAUAGAGAUCGUCGAAGAUCACGGUCUCGGGAGCGGAGGCGGAGGCGCUCCAGAUCAGCUUCCCGGGAGCGGCGGAAGUCGCGCUCCCGGUCCCGGGACCGACACAGGCGCCACCGGAGCCGCUCCCGCAGCCACAGCAGAGGUCACCGCCGAGGGUCCAGAGACAGGAGCUCGAAACACAAAUCUUCUAGAGAUCGAUCUUCAAGAGAAAAGUCCCGAGACAGAGAGAGGAAAGAGAAGAGCUCUUCUGAGAGGCGGCAYGAGAGCACAAAUGGCAAAUCUCGUUCCAAGAGGUCAGAAGAGAGAGAAGCUGGCGAGAUCUGAACUCAAAUGAUCUGUGUUGCACUGUAAAUAGUCYGAUAAACAUUCUACACAAAGCCUAAAUUUCCCAUUUAUAUUUACUGAAUACAACUCAUCUUUUGUAGUUUGGGAUUUUUAUUGUUUGGCAGGUAGCUGUGAGUUUGUAGAGACACAGAGUUAUGUACUGUUUAACAGGAUUUUGUUUUAGUAGGAAUAAAUAAAUCUGGAUGGAUGGUUUUCAGUCCAGGCCAGYGUGGACACCCCAUGUUUGUCCUGAUGCAGUGAGCGUGGCAGUCGGGGUCAUGCUGUGCCUGGAGCCCUGAGCUGCCCUGACUUUUGUAAUGCUUCAGCCCUUUCCAAAAGACCCACCUGGCCCUCUGUGAGCACACCAGUAGCACUGGUUCUCACUUAAUUAUAUUUUUUCUUCUGUUUAUAUAUGUUAAAGAAAAAAAAUCUGAAUUUUCUUUUCCUUUUAGCGCUUAGCCACCUCAUUUUUAUGUCUCUGGCACUUGAGAGUUGCCUCACUUGCCCAGCUAAGUCAAAACASAUAAAAUUUGGCCCUGAUCUAUUCUGAAAGCUGUUCAUUGUUGUGAGGAUGACCAAAUGAGCUGGAGCAUGUUUCUAAGCUGGGCUCAAGUCUGGYUUUAGUACUUUUACAGUUCAGAUAGUGGGUGUGAGCAAAGCAGUGGGAAACCUGGGYUGCUUUCUUCUCUAGAGGAGCACAGCCACAGCUCAUCUGCCUAUUUACUGUGCACUCUGCAGUCAGAGCUUCCCCGGGAGCUUUCUGACCCGCAGACAAAAGCGUUGCUGUGUUUUCCAAGGCCAGUCAGGCAGAAUGUGCCGAGGGGCAGAGGUGACUCGGGAUGGAGCCCGUGCCAGCGUGUGCCACUCGUGGGAGCGMGGCACCGGCCGUGUCCCCACGCGUGUGGGAGGCCUGUGCCGUUGUCACUCGCUCAUUUGUACCAAGGUUGGUUUCCCACGAGGGCAGAAGUCGCGACCCCCAGGCUCGGCAUUUGUGGGAACGGUGUGAGCGCAGCACUUGUCACCCGCCGAGCAGGGCGCUGGCAGGCACGAGCCUGGCGGCUGCUCGUUAACUCGGUGAGGCGGUUAAUUAACGCCAUUAAUUGCCGUUCCCAGGGGCGGGGUCCGGCCGGCACUCCCCUCUCCCUCCAUUUUCCCCUCCUACCCCCCCCCGCCCCGCCGCGGCUCCGGUUCCGCCGCAGCGUUCCCCGGUGUCAGUCCCUAGUGCAUGCCCCCCUUCCCUGUCCGUUUUUACAACUAAUUCCGCGGUUUCACGUGUUGUUUUGUAACCUCCGUGUGGGGCGCGGGGGGCGGCGGGCGCGGCUCGCGGUGCCUGUACGUGCCUGUGCUGUUCUCCCGCGGUCUGAGCGCAUUAAAGAUCUGUGUUUGUGGC